AUGACUACAAUAUACAGAAACGAAACACUGACACCUUCUAGUGUGUUUAUUUUGCUUCUUUUAGUGGUUAUUGGACCUUCGAAUAUAAUUUCAAUUUCUAAUUAUUCUCUUUCCGAUUACAUUUCACCAUUUGAUACCAAUUAUAAACUACCUUCAUUUCUAUCGGCGGAUAAAGGCUAUUCGAAUGCAGAAGUAGAGGUUACGAGAUUAUUAAAUAUGGCACAAUAUUCGAAAGUGAUGGAAUACGAAAUUUGUAAAACACAACGGGAGGAAUCAAUUUUUAGUGUAAAUUGUUUAUCUUUGGAUUUCGAAUAUACCUUUUCGAAUGUUUCGUCCACUUUAAAUUCAACAAUUAGUUUUUCAUCAAUGAAGGAAUUAAUUAAUUAUUUUACGAAUGAAAUUGAAUAUCAAAUAGGAAAUGUUCCAUCUGUGGAACGUCCCGGUGCCAUCAUUUACAUGAAAAUUAAUGUGGAAUCGGAUAUAGUUUCGAAUAAUUGUCAAAACAAUUUGAAAAUUCAAGAAUUAACCACAAAUAAUUUAUUGCGUGAUAUCAAACUAUUCAUCGAAUUGGAAAGCAAGAUCAAUUCCACAAUUAAUUGUGAAUCAUAUUUUAUUGAUUAUGGAGAAACCUUUGAUAAGGCAGUUACAAUAUUCAAGGGUUUCAAUUUGCAAAUAUUACAACAGAAUCGAAAUGCAUUUAUUGAAAAUUGCACACUAAAAGGUGGGAAAUUUCUUGGAAAUUAUGUCAUUGUGCAAAAUUCGAAAAUUAGUGGACAAUUUGAAACUGACGCUCAUCUUUCAUUAUUUAAGAAGGUUAGAUAUGAUUUUGAUGAUUCGAGACCUGUAGUUGAGUUUAAAUAUGAAGAGAUUUCGAUAUUUACAGAGUCUGAGUUGUCUUUCUUUCUAGAUCAGUUCACAUUGGCUGCCACAAAUAUGUGGUUCCUCAAUGGGACUAUAAAUAUUGACAAAUUGGUAUUUAUAGAGGAAGUUAAGGAGAUUGUGAUGAUUGGUUGCUUGGUUAAUACGAAAACGAGUACAAUUAAUGAUGGAAGUUUGAAUAUUCUCUUCUCGAAUGUUGUCAGAAUUUCUCACACAAUAUUUGGCAAAUCAAAUGGAAAUAUUAUAACAAUUGGAGAAUCAAUUGAGGUCCAAUUUCAAGAUUGUCAAUUCGUUGGAAGUCAAAAUACAGAGGGAAGCAUUGUCACUGUUAGAAAUUCGAGGAAUGUCAUUGUGAGAAGAUGCAUAUUUGCCCAUAAUAGAGGUUCUACUGGAGUUUUACUGUUGAGCAAUGUAGUAGCAACCUAUAUUGUCGAAUCUACUUUCACAGAUAACGUAUCUGUCUUGGGAGGAGCUAUAUUGUCCAGCUCACUUUCCUCUCACAAAACUCUGGUUACCUCCUCGAAAUUUAUUAGAAACAGAAAUGGUAAGACUGGUGGAGCUCUCUCAUCCUAUGGGAGUGAUAUCAUCGUAUUCCUUUCAGAGUUUAUUGAAAAUUAUUCAUCAGCAGGAGGAGGAGCCAUUAGUGGAAUAGAUUCGAAUAUAGCAAUUGGAGAAUCAGUAUUUCGAUCAAAUACAGCAAAAAAUAGUGGUGGUGCUAUACUCUGUUCAGGCAAUUUCUCAUCCUAUGAAACACUCUUUGUAAAUAAUUCAGUACUCACUGAAAACAUCACAUCCAGUUUAAUGUGCUCCUCAACGAAAUGUCUUGGAAAUGGAGGUGCUUUGAGUUUUACGGGAACAGGUUUCCAUACCAAGUUUGCAAUUUAUUCCUCCAAAUUCCAUAUGAACAGAGCAUUGAGAGGAGGAGCAAUUUCAUUCAACCUGAAAUAUGAUACUCUAGCUUGCCUUUGGGAAGAUGUGGAAAUUUCGGAUAAUCAAGCUGACUACUCUGGUGGAGGAAUUUUCUUCCACAAAAUUGUCAAGAAAGAAUUUCUGCAGAGCAACUUUACUGGAAAUAGUGCUCUAAACUAUGGUGGAAAUAUAGGAUCCUCAAUUAGACAAAUCACUUGGCAAGUCUCUAAAGAAAUUAAUGGAAAAUUGAGUGGAGAUUUUGAACCAAUGAAUGGAGUGGUAACUCUCUUUCCAGGACAGAGAUUUACAUUGAAACCGACAUCCAAGGACACUUUUGGAAAUUCAGUAGAGUACAUGUGGGAAGUGUAUUCUAAUUCAGUGAGUACUGACUCGAUCACUGCAACCAUUCCCAAACAGACACGAGUUUCUGAAGUGGUGGAGGGAAUUUUCAUUACAGUUUCUGAGAGGCAAUUCACACAACCAAUUAAGGCAUCUCUCACACUCUCAUUCUUUCAUGCGAAUAGUGAUAUUCCAUUGGAGAUUAUACCUUGUCCAGUUGAUUAUGAAUCAACACCAGCAACUUAUGGUUCAGAAUCAUCAUUUAUCUGUAAGGUCAAGCCAAAUUAUGAGUCCAUCAUUAUCGUUGCUGUGGUAGCUUCCUUUUUCGCAUUUUGUAGCUUGCUAAUUAUAUUAUCAGGUGUUGGAUAUGGAGUUUACAAAUUAGCUAAAAUUAUUCGAUAUUGGAGGGGUAGAGAACGUGCUGAAAAGGACAUUGAAAAGAGAUUAUUGGAAAAUGACAUUGUGGAUGCACAGGAAGAUCUCAGAAAUAGUGAUGAUAGUUCUUCAAAGAGUGGUGCUGUUUUUAUAAUUACAUUGGAUAAGCUGUUUAUAGAAAAGAAGAUUGGAGAGGGUGGAUCUGGAGUAGUUUUUAAAGGUCGUUGGGAUCACAAUACUGUUGCAAUCAAAUGUUUAAGAGUUGAUGUGGAAAAUUAUGCAUUGAGAGAUGACAUUGAAAAGGAGGCAUCUCUAUUGUGCAAAUUACGUCAUCCAAACGUUUUAAUGUUUUAUGGAAUUUCAAUCACUCCGAAAAAACACUAUCUUGUGGUUGAGUAUUUGGAGAAGGGAAGUAUUGAGAAUUUAAUAAGUCAAUGUAGGAAGGGUGAGAUUUCUCUAGACUUGAUUUCUAAAUUAUCACUUCUGAUUGAUGUUGCAUGUGGAAUGGAAUAUUUGCACAGUCUGAAACCACCAAUUAUUCACAGAGAUUUAAAACCUGGAAACAUUCUUCUAGAUUCGAAUAAUACUGCAAAAGUUUGCGAUUUUGGAUUGAGUAGACUAAUGAAUGGUAAUAACCAAACAAACACCACAACAGGAAUGGGCACUUUAUUCUAUAUAGCUCCAGAACUUUUAGAUUCUGAACUAUCUCAUACAAGUUCCACCCUAGCUCCAUCCAUUGAUGUUUUCAGUUUUGCGAUCAUCAUGUAUGAAUUAUUCUUUGAGGAGAAUCCAUACAUUCACACAAAAAACACCAAGAUUACACAAGCGAGACAGAAUGAAGUUUCUCCCUUCACAGUGCUACCAAGAGUUCUAAAAGGAGAACGACCAGUUAUUCCCUUCAGCAAUGAUACAGAAAUGGAUUCCUAUUUGAGCUCCUAUGUGCAAGAGUAUGAUUUUUCUAGUAGUGAUGUUCCACUCGAUCGAGACCAAUGCAAGGAAAGAUUUAGAAAUAUUGUUGGAGAGUUCAUCAAGUUAAUGACACAAUGUUGGAAUUCUGAUCCAAAACAACGUCCAUCAUUUACCAUAAUAAGCACCAUUUUGAGCUCUCUAAAAUCGAGACUCAUUAUUGAAGGUCAAUAGUUAUUAGCUGAUAAUAUAUAAAUACUUUUUUAAUCC